UGCCGCCGAAGCCUCCGACUGCGUGCACUUGGCCGUGUGAGCCGCGGAGACGCUGCCCGGGAGGACUGGCGAGGCUGCUCUGCGUCCCAGCGGCGGUGACAACUUCGGGGCUGGCGGUGGACUUCCCUCGGUCCCCGGGACGCCGUCCUGCACCGCAGCCGCUCCGGCCACUUUGCCGGCUCCGAAGUCAGCCGCGAGGGCUCCCCGGAAGGCACCCCAGCGAGGGGGAGCAAAAGCCAAGCCAACCCACUGCCGUUGAGUGGAUUCCCAGCAGCCCGACGCCCCAUUGCCCAGCCUCCGCGGUCGCCUGUGUUCUGGGGGUCUCCGGGGGACCGCGCGCUGCCGGGGGAAGCAAUGCAAGUCUCCAUAGCCUGCACAGAGCACAAUUUGAAGAGUCGGAAUGGUGAGGACCGACUUCUGAGCAAGCAGAGCUCCGCCGCCCCCGGUGUGGUGAACGCAGCCCGGGCCCGGUUCCGCACGGUCGCUAUCAUCGCGCGCAGCCUGGGGACCUUCACCCCUCAACACCACAUUUCUCUCAAGGAGUCCACCGCGAAGCAGACUGGCAUGAAAUAUAGGAAUCUUGGAAAAUCAGGACUCAGAGUUUCUUGCUUGGGUCUUGGAACAUGGGUGACAUUCGGAGGUCAAAUUUCAGAUGAGGUUGCUGAGCGGCUGAUGACAAUCGCCUACGAAAGUGGAGUCAAUCUCUUUGAUACUGCCGAGGUCUAUGCAGCUGGAAAGGCUGAGGUGAUCCUGGGGAGCAUCAUCAAGAAGAAAGGCUGGAGGAGGUCCAGCCUGGUCAUAACAACCAAACUCUACUGGGGCGGAAAAGCUGAAACAGAAAGAGGGCUGUCAAGAAAGCAUAUUAUUGAAGGAUUGAAAGGCUCCCUCCAGAGGCUGCAGCUUGAGUACGUGGAUGUUGUCUUUGCAAAUCGACCAGACAAUAACACCCCAAUGGAAGAAAUCGUUCGAGCCAUGACACACGUGAUAAACCAAGGGAUGGCAAUGUACUGGGGCACCUCGCGGUGGAGUGCGAUGGAGAUCAUGGAAGCCUAUUCUGUAGCAAGACAGUUCAAUAUGAUCCCACCCGUCUGUGAGCAAGCCGAGUACCAUCUUUUCCAGCGAGAGAAGGUGGAGGUUCAACUGCCAGAGCUCUACCAUAAAAUUGGGGUUGGAGCGAUGACAUGGUCUCCGCUUGCCUGUGGAAUCAUCUCAGGGAAAUACGGAAACGGGGUGCCUGAAAGUUCCAGGGCUUCCCUGAAGUGCUACCAAUGGUUGAAGGAAAAAAUUGUAAGUGAAGAAGGGAGAAAGCAGCAAAACAAGCUAAAAGACCUUUCCCCGAUUGCUGAGCGCCUGGAAUGCACGCUACCUCAGCUCGCCGUGGCGUGGUGCCUGAGAAACGAGGGCGUGAGUUCUGUGCUCCUGGGAUCAUCCACUCCUGAGCAACUCAUCGAAAACCUCGGUGCCAUUCAGGUUCUCCCAAAGAUGACGUCACACGUGGUGAAUGAGAUUGAUAACAUUCUGCGCAACAAGCCCUACAGCAAAAGGGACUACAGAUCAUAGGGCGAGGGAAGAGCCGGGAGCUGCCGGUUAGAACGGCCCUCUGCAGCUGCGGUACCAGCCAGCCUUUGAAUCACUUAGCAGCCUGCUGCUCCACCUCGUGUCCCUGGAUCCUGAGGUGCCCGCUGUCGCCACCACUGCGCGCCUGCAUUAACAGCACAUCUGAAAACUCACAACCAAGAAAACCCCCUUUAUUUUCUUACCUGGGACUGGGGUCGCCUGCCCUGGCAUUGGUGUGUGCACCUCAUGCUUAUGCAAUGGCAAGUAUGUGGGGGGAAGGUCAGUUACCUUCGAGCACCUGGUAAGGUAAGGUAAGGCUGUACGGAUAUAUUUUUUCAAAUGCACAAAACCCACAGAUGCGAUGUGGAGGUGUAAUAAACAAAAACAGAAGCGGAGUCAGGGAGCUCAGCUCAGAGGUCUUUGCUUGGGAGAAACAGCCAACAAUUUUGCUUGUUUUGCUUGUUUUCACCUUCGUGUUAGGGAGAGUUGUUUCACUUCUCACUCAACAAUACUACAAUUUCUAGGUAUUUAUUUUUGUUAACUUUUAAAUAUUCACUGUCGCAUAGCCCCAAGAAUAGCAGUUUAUCCAAUGUGACGAUGAAAGGAGCCCUGGUGUCUGUUACGUCUAACAGGCUACGGCCGUGUAGGUGGAGAGGUGUUGAAGGAUGAGCACCCCAAUCUUUAACUAGAGACGUUAUGUUAAUUCCUGACAGAGAGGUCUGCACUGCUCUGGGAACUUAGCUGCGAAUAAAACGGAAGGUAAUGUAUCUGCAGUGAAGUGUUCAUUUUUUACUCUAUUUUAUUAAAACCUGCUUUAUACUUUUGACUGCCUUUGGCACAGCUUCUGCAAGUUUAAAUAUUUAAGCUUCAAGAAUACGCACAUGCUGAGUUGUGUAAGUAAACCGUGAGGUACUCAGGAGGUAAUGUUCGUUUUUUAAUGAGCACUGCAAUUUUACAGUAUGGUGCUUGACAUUUCCGAGUUAACACGAAAGCCAAUCAUGAGCUUUGGGAAAAACGCUGCUACUACUGGGCGUAUGCUGGGUGAAUUAACUUGCCCGACGAAAAGCAAACCUUAAAGAACCUCCUGAUUCUGUCAUCACAUCACAUGCAUUAAGCUACAUGCAUGCCAGCUCUCUGCAUGGAUUAACGGGGCUCAGUCUUGUCUCACUCAGAAUCUGAGGUCUCUCUAGCCCUGCCACUAUUGGCUUACCUACCCCUAGGGAUCUUCUACUUGAGAAAUGUUAGAAUGCACGGUGCAAGUUCCUACCCAUAAGAAGGGAGAAAACACUUUUUGUCUUUUGUUUCAAUCCCUUAAUCUCUAUUUGGACACUGAGGAUGUACAAAAUUCUAACAAAUAUUUCCUGGCCAGCCGGUCCCCCCGUGAACAUUGCUUUGAGAUUUACAGAAUAUACUAUCAGCUGAAAAUACUUUUUUCUGACAUCAUUUCCAGAUACGUAUUUCAUGGUUAAGUUCUGAAUCUAAAAAUAUGAGUGUGUGAUAUCAACAGAUUUUCUUUCUGAUUACUUCCACCUGUAUCCUAACAGGGAAACUAUUUGUGUUGUUUUGCCCGAGUGUGUCAGAUUGAUGGAAAAUGAUCAUUUUUCAGUUGUUCGAUGUGUAUCCAACCCCGUGAACUUCUGUUUGUAUAAAUGAGCCGAGGUGCUGUCAAAUUGGAACUGCAAUUUCACCUAUUCAUUUGCUUGGAGUAAUAAAGGUAUUUUGCGCAUUUAACCUCAAACCAGAGUUUUUACCUGAACUUUCAUUGUAAGGCAUAAAACGUGUAGGUCCCACAGAAGAGGCAGCAGGAAUCACCUGAGAAAAGGCCGUUGGACGCUAAGCUGCAGGAGUAAUACCUGACAGACAAGGCAGUCGUCCAAACG